CAUUUCUAAAAACGCUACACAUCGAAAUGCAUCUCGGACAACUUAUUGGACUCUCUGCCUUCCUACUUGCCUCUACCACCACUUUCACUGAUGCCUCACCUUUGAUCAAUAAGCGGGCUGAACAGGACAAGUUCUGCGGCACAGAAGCGAGCAAACAAGCAGGCAACUACAACGUUCACAAUAAUCUCGUCGGACGAAGCGAGUCUGGCGAGCAAUGCACAGAAAUUCUCUCAACAGCCAGCGACAACGGUAUCUCCUGGCGUACAACAUGGACCUGGUCCGGACAAGAAAACUACAUAAAGUCGUUUGCGAAUGCGGCCUAUCAUUUUGAGCCCAAGGCUAUUUCCGAGAUAACAAGCAUUCCGCUCGCGUGGGACUGGGAAUACACCGCUGCUCCUGACAGUGGCGACAGCGAGGGCGAGGAACCCAAAAGUAACGUCAUGUUGGAUCUGUGGACGUAUCCACAUUCAGAUAAGAUCGGCGGUUACGAUUGUGAAAUUGCAAUUUGGUUUGAUGCUACUGGAGGAGCAGAACCUUUGGGCAAUAAGCUUGUUGCUUCUCCUUAUGUUGAUACAGACGGUACCAAGUACGAUGUAUAUGCAGGUACCAAUACUGUCCAAAAGGUUUUUAGCUUUGUUGCAAAAAGUGAAAAUGCCGGCGAAAACCUUGAAAAGUUUAAUGGCGACGUCCUUCCGUUCAUCAGCUUUUUGAAGAAGGAGGCUGCCUAUCCGGCUGAUUUACAGUAUCUGGGUGCUAUCCGUGGAGGAACAACCGCGUACGUUGGAAACAAUGUCGUAUUUACUACUAGAGAGUUUAUUGUACAAGUCAAAUAGAAAAUCUGGUAUAUAUUUUCCUUUUCAUGCUGCUGUAACGGUUUCGUUUUUCUUUCAUGUAAU